AUGGAGAUUGGUGAUACUUUAGUUACUGGUGUUCAUGCUGAUAAAGGAUGCAAAAGUUCCUUAUCAAAUGCUAUAAAUAAUUUUAAUGAAUGUGUUGAUCAAUGUGGAUUACUUCAAGCUUCUAAAAGUGGACUACAAUUCUCUUGGUCAAAUGGUAGAUGUGGUAAGAAAAGAAUCUUAUGCAAUCUAGAUAGAGCUUUAUUCAAUGUGCAAUGGUUAAAUACCUAUAAUGGCUGGAAAUAUCAAGUUUCUUUAAGAGGUAUAUCUGAUCAUAGCUAUCUUCUUGGCUCUGAUACUGAGAUUCCUAAGCCAAAGAAUUCUCCUUUUAAGUUUCAAAAAAUGUGGAUUUCUCAUCCUGACUUUCUGAAAUUAGUUACUGAAUCUUGGAAAGAGCUUUUAGUUGGUAACCCUAUCUUUGUGUUUAUUAAUAAGCUAAAAAGAUUGAAAAUAAUUCUAAAACAAUGGAACUGGGAGAUCUUUGGGGAUGUGUUUAUCAAACUGAAACAAGCUGAAGAAAAGUUACUAGAAACUAAUGUUUUAUCUGAUAGAGAUCCUUCAAAUAAUUUGUUGCUGAAUAAUUAUGUUACUGCUAGAUUAAUCAGAUAUCUUGCUGCUCAAAAUUAUCACUCUUUUGUAAGUCAGAAAGCUAGAGUUAAUUGGAUUCAAUAUGGUGAUGCAAAUACAGCUUUUUUCAUACCUCCAUCAAGCUGA